CACACACACACACACACACACACUCUCACACACACACCCACACACACACACACACACACACUCACACACACUCACACACUCACACACACACACACACACACACACACACUCUCACACACACACUCACACAUACACACACUCACACACACACACUCAGACACACACACACACACUCACACACACACUCACACAGGGAUAUAGCCCACUCUCUCCCCUCGAUCUUAAACAGACCACAGAGAAUGAGAAGACGGGCAGGACAGAGUGACUAGAGAGAGAAAGGGGGAGAGAGCAACACAGGAAGAGUGUGAGAGUUACAGGGAGAGCGAGAGAGAGAGAGAGAGAAAGGGGGGGAGCAUCGAGCGCUUACUCUUUCUGCUUUCAGCGAUAGGACAGAAACUACAGACCACUGCUACCAUCCCUCCUCAGCUGCAAGAAGAGCUUUGGUGCUGUUGAUUUGAUUUUUUUCUUGCUUUCUGCUUCUGCCUGAUUUGAGAGGCGGGACCGGGCUGUAGUAUCUGGAUAUAUUUGCUCAGCACUCUGACUCCCGCUGGCCUUAGCUCUGAGUGGCUGAAUGCAUGAAGCUUUCUGUUUGUCAGUCGGGUGAUCUGAGUGGGAGACGCGGUGGGAUGCUGUGGGUGGGACGGUAGCUGUUCCGCUUGGAUUGCCUGCACGCACGGGACGGUCUCUUAAAGCCCCUCUCUCAGGGCAGAAAGUCUGCUCUUAAAACACCUCGCUGGGAAGAAGGUUUGCCUGCACGCACAGGACGCUCUUUUAAAACCCCUAGCAGGGCAGAAGGGACGGUCCUGAAACCCGAAGGUGAACAGAAGCUGAGAGGUACCUACAGAGCUGCACCAUGGGUCUCUCCACGUUCAGAGGUUUCUCUGAUGUGCCCUGAAGUGCCUGCGCCCCGUGUCCUGGCCCCCCCUUGGUGCCCUCCCCCCGCAGGAUGGAUCUGGCCCCCCCACGCCAGACGGAGCUGGACGAGCUGGACCUCCAGCCGGUGCCCGUCCUGUCCAUCGACCAAAUCCGGGCCAUCCGGGCCAGCAAUGACUACGUGGAGCGGCCCCUGGCCCUGGAGUCCGGCGCCCCGUCCGGCCUCUUCCUCGCCCAGGACGAGCGGCACGGCGAGCGGCACAGCGAGCGGCAGGGCGGGCACAUCCCACGCAGCCAGAGCCUCCACCACCACGCCCACCUGGCGCAGGUGAGCCACUCCAGCACCGUCAGCUCCCUGUCCCGCAGCAGCACCACCUCCGACCAGAGACUGCUGGGCCGGUCCCGGUCCAGCCUGCUGCCGGUGCGCAGCCAGCCCAAAGCCGAGCUGAAGCCCGACGCGCUGGGCAAGCGGCUGGCCGAGGCGGGCCGCCCCGGCCGCCGCCCCAGCCGCCACCCGAGCCGCCACCUGCUGAUCUGCGAGCGGUGCGGCCGCUGCAAGUGCGCGGAGUGCGGGACGCCGCGCAGCCUGCCGUCCCAUUGGCUGUGCCAGCAGCGCUGCCUGUGCUCUGCCGAGUCGGCCCUGGAGGGCGCCUCCUGCCUCUGCUGCGUCAAGGGCCUGUUCUACCACUGCUCCGCCGACGACGAGGACGACUGCGCCGACCGGCCCUGCUCCUGCGCCCCGGCGCACCGCUGCUCCCGCUGGGCCGCCAUGGGCGCGCUGUCGCUGUGCCUGCCCUGCCUGUGCUGCUACCCGCCCGCCAAGCUGUGCCUGAGCGCCUGCCAGCGCGGCUACGACCGCGCCACCCGCCCAGGCUGCCGCUGCAGCAACACCAACACCGUCUGCCGCAAGAUCUCCGCCUCCAACCCCGCCCCCUUCCCCAAGUCCCUGGAGAAGCCCGUAUGACGGAGAGAGCCCUGCCACGCCCUGCCACGCCCGGCCACACCCUGUCCCGCCGCACCCUGCCAUGCCCCGCCCUCGUCCCAAAGCAGAAUCUCGCUCCACAUUUCCAGAGGAGGGACCAAAGCCUUUUUGAUGUCCAGACUGAUGCUGUCGCCCCCCCGGCCGCCCCCCCCCUUCGUGCCCGCGCCAUUUCCCGGAAGCGAGGCUCCAUUAGAGUCUCCUUAUCUGGGCGGUUUAUUCUCCUGUUUCUGCGCAGCGAGCAGAAGGAUCAUCUUCCCCUGGAAGGAAAUAGAAUCAAACCCCAUGUGAGCGCUCAGCGGGGCUGCUCUUCAUUUCAGCCAGGCAGGUGUGCUGGGGGAGCGGGGGUGCGGGGGGCACAGGCUGUGCGCUGGUCACUCGCAGAGAACCCCCCCACGGAUCCCGAUAGAGCAGAGAAACGGGGCCUCAGAUUUGGGGAAGAGGCCAGUCCUGGAGGAAAAGGAUGGGGAGGUGCAGUUUGACCCGCGCCAGUGUGAGCGGCGACAGGACAAAGCAGCGAGCGCCGCGGGAGAGGCGACCGGAGGACUGCCGAAACCGGAUUGGCCGGGCCCCAGAGCUUCCUCAUAAAGGACCAAUGAGAACGCGCGGCCUCGCCCAUCGCUGUGCGUGUGCCGUCGGGAGGGGCUGCUGCUCGGGUUUCUGCUCUCGCCAACCAGACGCCGCUCGCCCCCCCGCCCCCGCUCACUCCCUCACUCACUCGCCCCCCUCGCCCCCUCUCGCUCUCCACCCACCCGCCCGCCCUCGCUCGCCACCCCCCCCCUCACCCUCCUCGCUCACCCCUCCGCUGUCCACUGUCCCGUAGCGGCACUCCCGGGGGGCUCUGUGGAGAGAGAGGGGGGGGGACAACAUCGCCUGCAGCAGGCUGGGACCACAAAGACCAAAGUAGCUGAAUUUACACGCAUUCCUGGGGGGGGCGGGGGCUCAGGAUCGUCAAGGAGAUUUAGUGGAGGAGCACAGUCUACCUGUACCUGCACACCUGUAGACUCUUUGGGGGAGGGGGGGUAUGCAGGCUGCCCGUGUGGUGUAUGAGAGGAGCUGAAGGGACUGGACUGUCUCCCUGCUGGGGGGGCAGGGGAAGGGGGGCGGUGGGGGGUGUGGGGUGGGUUUGGGUGGGAGGUUCCUGUGGCACAGUCUUUCUGUCCGAUGCACUGAUGAAAAUGAAUUCUCUGUGUCGGCUGUGCAGAUGUGGAGUCGUAUGCACAGCCAUCCUGUCUGUUAGAAUUACUUUGGUAUAUUUUUGUAUGUAAACACUAUUAUUAUUAAUGCAUUGUUAUUUUUAUUCUUUUAUUUCUUUUCUUAUUGCUCCAACUGAUAUUGAGAUUUACCUUCAGUCGGAUGCCUGAGAUAUUUUUAGCCCCCAGAAAUACAGCUUUGUCCUGUGGGGGGAGUAGUCUUACUCCUCUGCAACACUGGGUCCAGGGAAACCACCACCACCAUCAUCAUCAUCAUCAUCCACAUGACUGCCACUCAGAGAUGCAAGCUCUGAUGUGUUUGAUUGACAGCUUCAGUCUGAAUGUGAUCACGUUACAGAAGCCGCAGUGUUGAUGACCCCCCGACCCCCCCCCCCACACACACACACACACCCCUCCCCUGUAGGAAUCCGAUGAGACAACUGCUUUGCUCCACAAUGCAAAUCUCAGAGCCCCCCCCCCCAACCCCCCUUCGCCACCCCCCCACAUUUGGGCAGUAUACAGAGGGAGGGGCUCAGUGUAUUGGGAGGGGCUCAGUGUAUUGGUACAUGCAUUUUACAGGAAUGUUCCUCUGGUGCUGUUUGCAGGCUGUAGACUAACCACUGUCUGUUCCCCUCUUGUACUAGUAUGUAUUGCUUUGGUACAAUUGGCAUCUUGUAUGUUGUAAAAGAAUUUAAGGAAUAUAUAAAUAUAUAUAAAUAUAUAAAAUUCUAUAUAAAUGAAUAUAUGAAUAUAAAUUUUACACUUAUUUUUUCGUUGCUGACAUUGUCGACGAGUCACAGAUAUUUAUUUAAAUUGUUAUGAUGAAAGAGAAGAAUUAUUUAUUUAUUGGUGAAGAAAUUGUGAUCAUAUUUGGCUUUUCUUUCUUUUUUCUUUUUAUUUUCUUGUGAAGAGAUGUGGCUGCCAUGGACCUUCCUGGCUGCAAAUCCUAAUAAAGGGUGCUUUCAGUGACAA